GGCAGCCUGGGCAGCGCCAUGGGCUCCUCCCGCCGAGCCCUCGCCGGCCUCUACGGACGGGCACCGGGCACCGUGGAGGGCGCAGAGGAGGCCGAGAGCGCGGCCUGGGCCUCCCGGCCGGACCGGCGCAGCUACCUGCUGGGCAUCCGGCCCCAGAACAGGAGCACCUUCUGCGCCAUCAUCUCACAGCUGACCGAGGAGACCCAGCCCCUCUUCGAGAGCACCAUCCAGUCGCGCGCCGUGUCCGAGCACGCCGACGCCAAGUUCACCUGCGUGGUGACAGGGUUCCCGGCGCCGGAGGUGACCUGGUACAAGGACGAUCAGGAGAUGGAUCGCUACUGCGGGCUGCCCAAGUACCAGAUCUUCCGACACGGCAACCGCCACACGCUGCAGCUCUACAAGUGCCGAGAGGAGGAUGCAGGCAUUUACCAGGCCUCGGCCAGGAACACCAAGGGCAUCGUGUCCUGCUCGGGCGUGCUGGAGGUGGGCACCAUGACAGAGUUCAAGAUCCACCAGAGGUGGUUUGAGAAGAUCAAGAGGAAAGCCGAAGAAAAGCUGCGAGAGAUAGAGCAGGGCAAGAAGCGAGGGAAGGAGAACGUGGAGGUGGAGAGGCUGCAGGGGAUGAGCCCCGACCGGCUGCAGCGGAAGCGGAGGCUGGCGCGGGACCGCAGCGCCCGCCCCGGGGCCCCGGCCUGGGAGGAGGAGGAUGCGCCCAAGGUGCACGUGGCCGACGCUCAGCCCAGGCUGCAGAAGGACAUCGCCGAGCUGCAGGAGCAGCCAGCCCGUGCCAGGACGGGCUUCCCCAACAAGCUGGUGGCACCGCGGGAGGCCGAGGUGACCGCCAACGGCGACGCCGCCCUGGAGAGCGCGGAGGAGAGCGCGCACGGCCUCCUCAAGUACAUGUACGAGACGGUGGAGGGGCUGGCUGCGCAGCCCGGGCCGAAGGACUCUGCCGCCAAGAGGAAGAAGAAGGUGGAGGCCGCUCCAGCGGCGAAGCAGGAAGCUGCCCCUCGAGAAGAAAGCGGCAGGGAGAGAGCCCAGGCCGCCGCCAACCCGCGCUUUGCCCCCGCGCCCGCCGCGCGCCGGAGCGCUCGGCCCAGGGCAGCCGGCGAGGCGCAGGCCGAGAGCAGCACCAAAGCCACAGAGCAAGGGCAGGCUGUGCCGCAGGGCACCACGGCCCCGGGCACCACGGGUGCCCUGCACUUCUCCUUGAAGGAGAUGUUCUUUGACGAGCAAGGGAAGGCAGCAGGGCAGCAGCAGCAGCAGCAGGAGGCAGCCAGCGAGCCUGUCCUGCAGCCUGCCGCAGCCAGCGGGCACCCAGAGGAUGCGGCGGCAGCCUCAAGGAGGGUGCAGGCAGCACCUGUGCCACCCCAGGGACGCAGAGGCCAGCACCAUGCAUGCGAGCCGGAGGCAAACAGAGCCAGCAGUGCAGAGGCUUCAGCAGCAGUGGGACAGCCUGCUGGUGACCUGCAACAUCCAGUGUCUGCUCCAGUUGUAGAGGCCAGUCAGCAGGCCAGCAAGCUAGAGGAGGCCAGGAGCGAGCUGCCUGCCUGCCAGGACACCACAGGGGCUGUCAGAAGAACAAAUCCUCGCCUGAGACCCCGGGAGCCACCAAAGCCACCAGCACCUUCUGCAGACCAUGUGCAGUCCAGCCUGGAACACCCUGCCUCUAGGAAGCAGGCAGAAGGACAUUCCCAUGCUCUUGAGGGCAGAGAGGCCCAACAGGGACUGCUAAAUCAAAAGGACAAAAGCCAAGGUGAGGAAGAGCCAUUGCCAAAGAAACCAAGUCCUCCAGGACCUGGAGAGAAGUCUCCUCUGGAGCAAAUCACACCUCAGUCAACAGUCAAGCAUGGGGAGAGCAAAGAGGCAGGAGCAGAGCUGCCCAGGAGCCAUCCCAGUGCAGAGGCAGGGGGGAGCAGUGCAGCAGAGCCCUCUCCUGGGGCUGUACACAGGCCGACAGCAGGGACACCUCUGGGACGUCAGGAGACUGAAAGGUCAGCUCCUACCUCGGUUCAGCUUGCCAAAGAGGAGUCACCUCCUGCCCCUGCAGCAGGGAGGGCCACAGCUCAGGAGGCUGCAGCUCACAGUGCCCCAGGGAUGGAGGCCCCAGCAGGACAGCAUCCAGCUGCAGCCCAGAGCCUGCCUCCUGCCAGCAGAGAAACAGCAGUCAAAAAAGCAGAUGGGUCUGCCCCACAGGAGAAGUUUUAUGGAGCAGCCCCACAGGAGGAGUUUGCCAAAUCAGUGCCUAAAGGACCUUGGGAGAAGGAAGGAGGGGAGCCAACAGCCACAGCCCCGUGCCAGGAACCAGCAGCACCUUCAGGCUCUUUGGAAGGAGGUGCUGAGGUUCAGCCACAAGUACCACUGGUGCUGCCGAGCCCCAAGACACCUCAGGAGAUGUCUUUGGAGGAGAAGAUGCAGCACAAGGACCUGGUUUCCUCCUUGAAGAACUAUCUGCUGCUGCUUUUAAAGAUGUCAGACGGCAGCAAGGAUGCCUCCAAAGAGGCCCCGGAGCACGGCGCCCAGGAGCAGCCCGGGGCAGAGGAAGCCCUGCCGCCGGAGAUAGGCAUUGCAGGUCUGAGCCCCCGCACGUCGCGGAGGGUGCUGGAGAAGGUGCAGAACAAUCAGCUCUUCCAGACGGCAGAGAGCCUGCCCCUCACGCCCCGCACGUCCCGGCGCAUCACGGGCAUGAUCAACCAGGAGCUGCUUACCAGCCAGGAGACGCUGGCCUCCCGGCCUGUGCCACCCAAGCGACGGCCCCGGCCGGCUGCCGAGGCGGAGGGGCCGCCCCAGCUCUCCGUGCCCUCCAUCGUGGUGGGCAGCGAGCCGGCGGAGGGAGCCGGGCAGGCUCCGCAUGGCAGCUCCCGUCUGGGCGCGGGGAGCUGCGAGGAGGGCGCCGCUGGCUCCGCGGCGGCGCUGCCCUGUGCCACGCCGGAGGAGCUGGCUUCUGGCGCCCGGCGCAAGAUCUUCCUGCCCCGAGCCGCGGGCUGCCAGGAGGGGCAGGCAGCCCCGCAGGGCCCCGGCCUCGGGGGCAGUCCUGCUGCCUCUCCAGGGCACCCCGGGAAGGGCACGGCCCCGGCCGCGUCCCCGCCCGCGGAGCGGCGCCUGCCGGCCCCCGCCAGGAAGAUGGACACGCUGGAAGUCCCCAAGCUGUACCAGCAGCCCGCAGGUGACAGCAGCGGUGACCAGGAGGUUUCUGAGGACGCUAAGCCAGAAGCACAGCCGGCAGAGACCAAGCAAGCCAAUAACCCCUUCAAAGCCCCACAGGUGAUUCGUAAGAUCAGGGCAGAGCAGUUCUCCGACGCCUCAGGUAACCUGAAACUGUGGUGCCAGUUCUUCAACAUCCUGAGCGACUCGAAGCUGCUGUGGUACAAGGAUGAGACCCCUGUAGCAGAAGCCCACAGGAGCGCCGGCGACGAGAGCCAGGUGGCCUUGGCCGUGGUGCAGGCGUCCCCCCGGGACUGCGGCGCCUUCCGCUGCGUGAUCAGCAACGAGCACGGCACCGCCGCCACACACUUCCUGCUCACCCCAGAAGUGCUGUCGGGGCUGGUGUCACGGGAGGAGACGGAAGCGGUAGGAGAGGAGAUCGAGAUGACGCCGAUGGUGUUCGCCAAGGGCCUGGCCGACGCGGGGUACUGGGGGGACAAGCUGUUCGGGCGUGUGGUGAGCGAGGACACCGAGCUGCCUGCGGGGCCCUUGCGCAAAGCCUGCCGCGCCAGGGCCAUCUACGGGCUGGAGCCCCUCUUCGAGUCCGGCUGCACCUGCGUCAUCAAAGUGCACAACUUCAUUGUCUUUGGGACCAAGAACGACAACAGCCUCGUCGAGAAGAACUACGACAUCACCAUCCAGGAAUGCAAAGUGCAGAACUCCAGCCGUGAGUACUGCAAGAUCUUCGCCGCCGAGGCACGGGCUGCCCCUGGCUUCGGAGCGGUGCCCGAGAUCCUUCCCCUGUACCUGGUCUACCGCCCGGCCAACAACAUCCCCUACGCCACCAUGGAGGAGGACCUGGGCGCGCCCUGCCAGCAGUACUGUGCCACCGAGAGAGAUGGCAGCUUGGUGGCACUUGGCACCUCAGAGGUCGUGCUCAAGUGCUGCACCUUCCAGCACUGGGUCUACCAGUGGACAAACGGAAACAUCCUGGUGACUGACAUGGAAGGAGUGGGCUGGAAGGUGACCAAUGUGCGGAUCGCCACCAGCCUGAAAGGGUACCAGGGGCUGAAGGAGAGCUGCUUCCCCUCACUGCUGGAGCAGUUUGCGGCCACUCACCGCUGUAACCACUACUGCAGCAUCCUGGGCCUGAAGACGCUGGAGCCAGCCAAGCCCAAGGGCUCCAGGAGCCCCUCCAUGGGCAGGAAGUCUGCGCAGUCCAGCCCCCAGCUGCAGAAGAAGGGACUGGCAAGUCCCCAGGGCGUGCGCAAGGCUGCCCUGAGCCCCAAGGCCUCCCGGAGAGCCGCGGAAACCAGGGAGGUUGCGGCGGGCUCCAAAGCGGGGUCAGGAGAGAGGGGCAGGGCCGGCCCCCCGCAGUAGCCAGAGCUGCUGCAGCUGGGACCCCCACUCCCGACCCCAGCCUGGGCAGCCUGGAGGCGGCGUGCGGCACGGCCGG